CAACAGUUUGAACUCCUGCCACUGCCUGAAAAAAGGAAUCACGCUGAACCCAACUUGCCGUUUAUAAGACAAAGCUCCAUUCUUUCAUCCUGUCCUUUUCGAAUCUAAACCCUAUUUUUUUCUUUUCUCUACUUUGAAAUCUUUUCAGCUUUUCUUUCAAUUUUGUACUCCUCAAGGCCUCAACAGUCGUCUCUCUCCUCCUCUCUCUCUCACAAGAAAAGACACAUCCUCUCUCUCUCUCUCUCUCUCUCUCUCUCUCUAUCUUCGUGUCUCACACACACACACACACACUCACGCAAUCUUUUGUGCUCUUAGAUUUUGACCGUUGCCAGAGAAGAAAAGAUCUCUUCUUGAUAUUUUUUUUUGUCUGUAUAGGUCAUUUCUUGAUGAAACAACCACAAUUAGCUUAAUAAAGACUCAUUAGGUUUUUUUUUAAAGAUACCCUUUUGUUUGUUGGUUUAUAGUGAAGUGGGAGUUCAAUUGUGAACUGGGUUUUGGUUCUUUAGUGUAAUUGAAUGUUUUAGUGUUGAAAAAAGUUAUGAACUUUUGAUACCCUUUUGGUGGGUUUUGAAGAAACAGAUUGAAAAGAUUGCUUCUUGGGUUAGAUAGACACUAAAAUAAGAUGAUUGCGGAGAAACCCAGUUGGGUCAGGCAUGAGGGAAUGCAAAUUUUCUCCAUUGAUAUUCAACCUGGUGGCCACAGGUUUGCUACCGGCGGAGGUGAUCACAAGGUUCGGAUAUGGAACAUGAACUCUGUUAGCAGGAACUUGGAAAUUAACGAACCAACACAAAGGCUUCUUGCAACUCUCCGCGACCACUUCGGGUCAGUCAAUUGUGUUAGAUGGGCUAAGCAUGGUCGGUAUGUUGCAUCUGGGUCUGAUGAUCAAGUAAUUUUAGUGCAUGAAAGGAAGCCUGGUUCAGGAACUACAGAGUUUGGCAGCGGAGAGCCUCCUGAUGUUGAAAAUUGGAAAGUUGCAAUGACAUUGAGAGGGCACACUGCAGAUGUGGUGGAUCUUAAUUGGUCUCCAGAUGACUCCAUAUUGGCUAGCGGGAGUUUGGACAACACUAUCCAUAUCUGGAAUAUGAGCAAUGGCAUUUGCACUGCUGUUCUUAGAGGUCACUCGAGCCUGGUUAAAGGAGUUACUUGGGAUCCAAUUGGCUCUUUCAUAGCAAGUCAAUCUGAUGAUAAGACAGUUAUUAUAUGGCGAACAAGUGACUGGAGUCUGGCUCACAGAACAGAUGGCCACUGGGCUAAAUCACUUGGAUCUACAUUUUUCAGGCGCUUAGGAUGGUCCCCCUGUGGUCAUUUUAUAACUACAACUCAUGGUUUUCAGAAGCCAAGGCAUUCUGCACCUGUUCUCGAGAGAGGGGAAUGGGCUGCCACAUUUGAUUUCUUAGGACACAAUGCCCCCAUUAUUGUGGUGAAGUUUAACCAUUCAAUGUUUAGAAGAAAUUUUACCAAUGCUCAGGAAUUGAAAGCUGCACAAGUUGGGUGGACUAAUGGGGCCUCAAAGAUUGGAGGGAAAGAAUCACAGCCAUACAAUGUUAUUGCAAUUGGGAGUCAAGAUCGCACUAUAACUGUAUGGACGACUGCAAGUCCUCGUCCUCUUUUUGUGGCCAAGCACUUCUUUACUCAAAGUGUUGUAGAUUUAUCCUGGAGUCCUGAUGGGUAUUCUCUUUUUGCAUGUUCCUUGGAUGGUACUGUGGCUACUUUCCAUUUUGAUGCUAAAGAACUUGGACACAGGCUAAGUGAUACUGAACUUGAUGAGUUAAAAAGAAGUCGUUAUGGUGAUGUCAGAGGUAGACAGGCAAACCUAGCUGAGAGUGCUGCACAGUUAUUGCUUGAAGCAUCAACCAAAGAAACAACAAAUAAAAAAGCGGCAUUGGAUAUUCAGCAAAGUCAAAUACCUGUAAAAUCUUCUGUUGACUUGGGGGUCACUGCAAAGACUUCUGAGGCACAAGUUGAUGAUGGCAAGAAGAGUGUGGGAGCUGCUGGUGAUGGAUUAAAUAAAUUGCCUGCUUCUGCUCGGAUUUCUAGUCCAGUAAAACAAAGAGAAUACAGACGCGCUGAUGGUAGAAAGAGAAUCAUUCCAGAAGCUUUAGGAGUGCCCAAUCAACCGGAAACAAUGACCGGCGGGGCUCAGUCUCAAGCUCUUGAUUUCCCUCUUGCGGCAUCUGAUCACAGAAAGGUUGAAAAUGGAAUAGUUCCUGUUGAUGGUGGCUUGCGAGAGAGUUCUAUCAGGGGAACACUUGGCAGAAACUCUGAUAUAAAAGAGCGCUCUGGUGUCAAUGCAAGGGCUACUGUUACUGAGAGCCUGGUCAUUGAGAAGGUUCCAGGAUCUGCAGGAGGAGAUGGAAGCAUUAAUGUGCAACAGUCUGGGAUAAAGGCAUCUAGUUCCUCUGGUUCUUGUAGCACCCCUCUCUCAAUUAGGGUAUUUGAUAAGAAAUUAGGGGAAGAUGCCACACCAAUUUGCUUGGAAGCUCGUUCUAGAGAACAUGCAGUGAAUGAUGUUGUUGGGGUGGGGAGUACAAGUAUGAUGAAAGAAACAGAAAUUGUUUGCACAAGAGGAGCUGAAACUCUUUGGUCUGAUAGGAUCUCAGGAAAAGUUACUGUUUUAGCUGGAAAUACAAACUUCUGGGCAGUUGGGUGUGAAGAUGGAUGCCUACAGGUUUACACGAAGUGCGGGAGACGUGCCAUGCCCACUAUGAUGAUGGGAUCUGCAGCAACUUUUGUUGAUUGUGAUGAGUGCUGGAAGUUGUUGCUGGUCACAAGGAAGGGCUCCUUGUAUGUAUGGGAUCUGUUUAGUCGGAAUUGUCUCCUUCAGGAUUCUUUGGCAUCUCUAAUUACCUCAGACCCAAACUCUGCAAAAGGUACAAUCAAAGUUAUAUCUGUGAAGUUAUCAAAAUCCGGUUCUCCUCUUGUUGUCCUGGCCACACGUCAUGCCUUCCUCUUUGACAUGAGUCUUAUGUGUUGGCUGAGAGUGGCAGAUGACUGCUUCCCUGCAUCGAAUUUUGCUAGCUCUUGGAAUUUGAGUUCGAUUCAGAGUGGUGAGCUAGCUGCAUUGCAGGUGGAUGUGAGGAAAUAUUUGGCCAGAAAACCAAGUUGGAGCAGAGUGACAGAUGAUGGGGUGCAGACACGAGCUCAUUUGGAGGCUCAGUUGGAAUCCUCCUUAGCUUUAAAGUCCCCUAAUGAAUAUCGCCAGUGCCUUCUAUCUUACAUACGCUUCCUUGCAAGAGAAGCAGAUGAGUCUCGUUUACGAGAAGUAUGCGAGAGCUUUCUUGGACCUCCUACUGGGAUGGCUGAAUCUACAUCUUCAGAUACAAAAAUGGUGUCUUGGGAUCCUUGUGUGCUUGGAAUGAGAAAGCACAAACUCUUAAGAGAAGAUAUUCUUCCUGCAAUGGCAUCAAACAGAAAAGUCCAACGUUUACUAAAUGAGUUCAUGGAUCUCUUGUCUGAAUAUGGAAGUGUAGAAACUAACCAAAAAACCCCCGUGCUACCUACUACAUCUCAACAAGCAACCAGUCAAAAGAAUUGUGAUCCACCAGUAACAGAGCAAAUGGACACUGCCCCACAAGCAAUAGAUCAUACAAACGCUGCCCAACCAGCGAAAGAUCAUGAGGACCCAACCCCCAUUAUAACUGAUGAAGCAGACCAUAUUCCACUGGCUAUUGAUGAAGUGGAUUUGUGCCCGAUGGUAACAGAUCAAGUUAUUCAGGAUUCACUUGACAGAGAAGCUGGUUCUUGAGUUCUGCUUCUAACCAAUAGGAUUAAUGUUAAAGAUAUUAGCAGACUGACACAUGGCGUUGCAGAAGUGGAUAUGGGUGCAUAUAUGGCUCAUGAUUCAUCUUGUCAUCCACAUUUUCCUGGUCAAAGGAAGAUAAAAGGUCCAUGGUAUUGGAGAGAAAAAAAAACACUCAUUGUAGUGAAUUGACUGGUGCAUCUCUUUUAACUCUUCUUUGAUGCUGCACCUGGGUAUGUAACCAAAAAAAUCUCAUAUUCAGUUAGCUAACUUUUAUUUAUUUAUUUUGGCCACUUAUAGCUUUCUGUAACCAAUUUUCUUAUUCCUUGUACAAGUUUAAGCAUAAUGUUAAUUAAUUAGAUCUUCAUUUAGAAA